AGUUUUCUGUCGACUCGUGUCAUGAUAGAUCGUGUUAUUGUAAUCGCUCCUUUUGGGAGCUGAAUCAGUAAAAUUGCUGUGUUGGUAAUGUUUAUGUUUAAAUCUUGAAAAUAAUAAAAUAGUCAGUAUUCAAUUUUAUCUUGAAAUUUGUGUUAACGUAUCCUAGAGAAUUUUGUUAUUUGACAUGAAUUGACAACUUAUCGUUUCGCAAGUAGUUACCACGGGAGGUGUUUUAUUUGUGUACGUUUACUUUAGUGGAAAACAUAAGUUAAUUAGUUAUAUAUAUUUCACAUUCUGCUUGUGUGGUGUACGUUUGUUCAUUCAAAAUUACCAAUUUAUAAGCAGUGUAAUGAAUGAUAGGUGUGUGAUGUGAACGUGGUGAUCGGUAUUGACUUAGUCGUAAAUGUGAAUGUAAUUGUGAUAUCGCUCGCGUUUUGUGUUUCGAGGGAUGAUGUUUCACCUGAAUUUCUCCGGGACUGACUAUCAGCUGGGAGAUAAAGGAGCCUGUCAAAACAUCUUUACUUCAUAAUGGGGAGUUUAACUCUGCGGCAGCCCUACAUCGCCGCCCAAAAUGUUGCGUCCAGAAUCGCCCCUCGCUGACCACCGCAGCCUUCUGCCACGCCGGCUGCUCCCGGUCAAGGCUCAAAUAGCCCCAGCCGAUAAGCGGAAGAAUAGACGGUCCCUAGAGCUAAACCCUCCUAACGACCACGCCCCAUACGAUUAUCCGAAAUUACUAAUAUCGAAAACCACCGACUCCCUUAACACGGAAUGUCCGCGUAAAAUUAUCUAUAAGCAAGACUCUUCGGAUAGUCUAAAACGUGCGCUUUUGUCCAAAGAUGACAAGAAGGCAGUUAAGGAGUCGGACAAAAAGACCGUCACUAAACAAGAUUCCACCGAGAGCCUAAAGAAGGCUCUACUUUGUCGACAGGAGUCAAAUGAAAGCGCGAAACGGAGAGAUUCGGAUCCAAAAUGGACGCAACGGCAAGAAGACUUAAAGAAAACCGAGGAGGUGAAGCGUGGGAGCGACAAAAAAGGUCUACUGGAAACCGAUACUGAUGACACAUGUAAAAGAAUUUAUGAGAGGAGAAUAGGAUGCGCUCGGCCGACUUUACCUCCUGUUGCGGAGAAGAGUGUACCUUCUCAAAAAUCACCGAAUGGGAGCCCAAGGACGCCAGGAGUGGCGGCAGUUGCAGAGGGGGUGGUACGGUGGGGCAGCGGUUUGUUAUCGCCCAAGGACGAGCCCAGGUUGAGACCUGCGAGGAGCUGGUAUGGCUAUGGGACCUUGCCUACGGACGGCGAUAAGAUGGGAGCAGGCGCGACCGGGCCCGGCGGGCGGAAAGCACUCGAGCUCAUACUAAGCAGUGGGCUCAAGUCGCUGGCGAGGCCGGCCAAGCCGGUGCGACGCGCCGCCUCACGAGACUCGGUGCUGUCGCAGCCGCAGCCACUGCUCGAAGGUCUGAGAAAAUGCUCGACAGUGCUGGCGCUGAGCGAGCAGCGGGCCAGCGAGCCGAUACGAGCGCACAAUCGCUUGCGAGCGCCCUCCGUCUGCUCCCGAUGUUCCUCGCUGCUGUCCCUCGCAGGCGCAGGCGGCUCCAGGUAUUCGCUGGAUGGCGCUGGUGGUGUCUUUGUCCCGGCCGCUCCCGUCAACUGCAAGCUGUGUCUGGAAGACGCUACACCUGACAAGGUCACAGUCAUCAGCGGAUGCGGUUGUUCCUUCUGCACAAAGUGUAUGAAAGCUUACGUGGAAUUCGAAGUAUGCAACGGCGCCUACGAAGUGUCAUGCCCCGACGCGAGGUGCCGAGUCGGCGCAGCCCUUUCUAUAGACGAAAUCUCGGUCCUGGUCGAACCCGCUGUACUCGAGAAACACCUCAAGUUUCGCCUCAAUCAUGAGGUGUCGAUGGACGCUGGACGUGCGUUUUGUCCCCGUGUCGGCUGCGACACAGUGGUGUCGGUGCGCGCCGCUAGCCCCGCGCACUGUCCCACCUGCCGUCACGACUUCUGCUCGCAGUGCAACCAGGAGUGGCACGGCAGCCUGUCCUGUGAGGCGGCAGCAGCGUCAUCGUCGGGUGGCGCCGGUGCCCCUCUGUUACCGGAGUCGGAGCUGAUCAAGAUGUGCCCGAUGUGUCGAGUGCCAAUCGAGAAGGACGAGGGAUGCGCGCAGAUGAUGUGCAAAAGAUGCAAGCAUGUAUUCUGCUGGUACUGCCUGGCCUCACUCGAUGACGACUUCCUUCUCCGACACUACGACAAAGGGCCGUGCAAAAACAAGUUGGGUCAUUCACGAGCUUCAGUGCUUUGGCAUCGUGCUCAGGUGGUGGGCAUCUUUGCCGGCUUCGGUCUUCUCCUGCUAGUGGCCAGCCCGCUGCUGCUGCUCGCCGCUCCCUGCAUCGUCUGCUGCAAAUGCAGGCUCUGCAAUCCAAAUACGAAAAAUUUAGAAGAGGUGGACGAAAUCGAAAGCAUCAGUCCCGGCCGAGAAGAAGAAGGUGACGAAAUAACACGCGCUAGGUAUUUGUCCGACUGACGUAGGACGAGAUAUUAAACGACAAUGGACUCUGACGAAUUGGGAUAAAACCCAAAUUGGAAUGGACGUAAUAGGGAAGAGAAAGAACUUGCAUAUUCACAAAUUUGAGACAUGUGAGACCAACGACAGAAACUUUGAUAUAACUACAAUAAGUGAUUGUGGAAAAUUACUUGUUUUAAAUUACAGGAUGUUGGUCAAACUAAAUUGUUCUGUGUAUUUUAGGAGUAAGAGACUAAUUAUUGAUGUGUUUUGUCUGUUUAAGAAGUCGUGGCUUCUUUUAGUAAAAACUUCAACAUAUUGAACUAUUUAAAACAUUAUAUACGAUAACGGAUAAUCCUGAGUCCGCACAAACACCUGGACUUAGCUGGUACAAACCGUUUAUGACUUCAGUGUUAUUGUACAAUAGACUUUAUGUGGUAUAAAUACGAUUUAAUUCUGUGUGACAAAUUAUGACGUAAUUUAACAUGGUAAAAUAUUUAAGUAAAACUGCGUACAAACAUCCCAAGCAUCUGUGUUUCAUUGUCAGUUUCAAACUUACAAAGAGCUAGUAUUGCAGAUUAAUUAUUAGAUAAUAUAGAAUGAAACUAAAUCUACGAAUAUAUUGGUAUUUAAAAAAAUUAUGAACGAAUACAAAAGGUCGAUGCUGUCACCACGCAUUUAAUAUUUUUGGAUAAGCAUUUUCAGUUAAAAUGACAAAUUCGAUAAAAUCUUACACUUUAUGCCAUCACUAUACAUAGAUAAUUAGGCAGCUUUUAUUUUUCUGUUAAUUUAUUAAUUAUUAAUAAUUAAUUUAGAUUGUAAACCAAUGAUUUCUGCGCCUUUUCAGUGUGUCUACAAUUCAAAUAUUAUCUAUAGGUAGUAGGUACUUACAAAAAAAAGAGAAAAAACUGUUUAGUAUGAUUUGUUGUGACAAUACUUAAUCUUAGACACAAUUCGUAAUAUCUUGUAUAUUACGACUACUUGUGUCUAAGAUCAAAACUAUGAAUAUUUGUAACAAACACUGACUUCAUAGUUAACCUACAUCUACUUUAUUGUAUUCGAAGACUUCCGAUAAAAUUAAUAAGAUAAUAAUGAUGAAAGUAAAUAUGUAUGUGUAAUUGCAAAGGCUUUUAAUUUUUUAAUAGAUUGAAACAUCGAAAGAUUACGUUGUAGAUAUGUUGAAAAAAAUAUAUUUGACUGAUAUUUUUCGUAAAAUUUGAGACUGAAGAAUGAAAAAGCGGCAAGUGCCAAGAAUGCUUUUUUAGUUUAGUAAAAUUGAGCAAAAGUAAUUUAAUUUUGAUGGACGAAUAUCUAUGUAUUUUCAACAGUUUCAUUCGUUAUGUUCGGAGUUAGCUUACUAAUGCUUCUAAAAAGGAAGGAAUGCUUUUAAAUAACUUAAUGUUAGUACUUCAUAAAUUAGUCGUACGAGUGUAAAGAGGAAGAAUUCUGACAGUUCAUAUUAUAUAUUUUUAUAAAAAAAAAAUACACUGUUUGGAGAGUACAGAUUAAAUAUAUUUUUAGUUUUAAAUUUGUUUUUUUUUUUGUAAUGGCAGAUGGUUGUAAUGGAGUUUGUCUUGAUUCAAUAAAACAUCUUAUUACUUAUGUUAAAUCUUAAAGUGGCAACUGAAAGAAAAGAAAAUAAAUUAAAAGCUACAUCCUUGUACUCGUAUGAUGGGACUUCAUAUUUAUUUGAAAUCCUAUCAAUUAAAACAAAUAGAAGCAACUUUAAAAAAAAGUUACUUAAACACUAAUAAUGGUAACCCCGUUUACCACUAUCUGCUUUAUUUAAUAAUUAUAGGGAAAAAUAUUUACGAAUAUAGUAACUGCAAUGCAGUGGGAGUUGAGUUAUAUAUUUAUAUUGUACGUUUUUUUUUUCAAUCACCUGUGAUGGCUGAACUAAUGUAAUGGUAACGAAAUCUUAUUGCAUCGGCUUCUAUUGUUUUCGGAUGUGGACAAGCAGAGCCUUAAGCAAGUUAUUUAUUAGUAGAUCAUUAAUAUUUAUGAUUAAUUGUAAAUAAGGUUUAAUAUUGUACUUAAUAGAUAUGGAUUGAUGGUGCACUCAACUCUAUAAUAUUUCAAGUUUAAUUCUUUUGCUUUAUUUUUAUCUUGCAACAUUAUUGCUGUUGACACUAUCCCGUUAGACUAACUGAUGAUUGUUUUAAUGAUCUCAAAUAGCUUGGUCUAAUUUUUGUUAUUAUAGUUUUAUCUUGGCUUGACUUUAUUAUCGUUUAUUAUUACGUUUGCGACAUAAAAGGGACAGUGUAAAAUAUUUUAUUCUUAAAAUGGUUAUUUACAAAAUAAAUUUACAUUAGAUAUAAGAAAAAUAAAGAGAUUCUCAUACAAACACUGUCACAUAUUAUUUUUACGAUAUUCCUUGAUUCCGAAGUGGCAAUGCACUGUCGAUCCUAUAUAGCUUGUUGUAGCAAGCUAGUUAAAGCAUUUGUAGACUUAAUUCAAAAAUUGUUAGAUGUUUAGACUGUAAGUUAAACUGUAUGUCGUCCUUAAGUUGUCAUUUUCACGUACGAAUAUAUUCGCACCGAUUAUAAUGUAAUUAGAUUUUUUUUAAAGUUAGACAUGAACUCCGUGACGGUUUCACAGAGUGGAAAUUUAAAAUUGAAUGUAACCCAUACAUAAAUCUAAAGCAAAAUGAAAUAUUUAAAAUAUUACAGUUCAUAAUGAUUUGUUGACAAGUUUCUAUAUGUUAUCCUUUAAUGCCUUUUAAUCUGAUGUCGGGAUUAUGUCUAACUUAUGAGUCAAUGUUGUAAAUACUAAAAUGGAAUUUAUUUUUUGUUAUUGAUUAUUUUUCUUGUUUGUUUUGUGUUUAAAUGACAUAACUUUCCGUUGCUUUAAUUAUAAAAACUAAAAUAAAGUUUUUUUUGGAUAAAUCUC